UUCUGUUGACAGCCUACUUGCAUGGGCAAGUCUAUCGAUGCAAGUUCUGUAGAACAGGCUGGACUGCGCGGUUGCGGUAGUUUGUAACUUCCCCACUUCCCCGCGGGUUGGCUGGAGAUGAGUGGAAGAUGUCGGUAUCGGGGCUCAAGGCCGAAUUAAAGUUUCUGGAGUCGAUUUUUGACCAAAACCACGAACGUUUUAGAAUUAUCGACUGGAAGCCAGAUGAACUCAAUUGCCAGUUCAAUGUGACCGGUGAAAAACUCCUGAUAAUACAUUGCAACAUCACGGAAUCCUACCCUGCUACUCCUCCAAUAUGGUUUGUGGACUCCGAUGACCCGAGCCUUGCGGAUGUGUUGGAGCGGCUGGAUGAUGUGAGGAGGGGGAGCACUCUGCUACUGCAGCAGCUGAAGCGGCUUAUCUGUGAUCUGUGCCGCCUCUACAACCUGCCACAGCAUCCCGAUGUGGAGAUGCUCGACCAGCCCCUCCCUGUCCCUGCGGCCCCUAUCAGCCAGGAGCGGAAGACCACAGACACAUCUGAAGAUGAGGAGGAAGAUGAGAUGGGAGAGCAGGACAUUGAGGAUUUGGACCAUUAUGAGAUGAAGGAGGAGCCAGUGGAGGCCAAGAAGUCUGAGGACGACGGCAUCGAGAAAGAGAACCUGGCCAUCUUGGAGAAGAUACGCAAGAACCAGAGACAGGACCACUUAAAUGGUGCUGUGUCAGGGUCUGUUCAGGCGUCGGAUCGCCUUAUGAAGGAGCUCAGGGAGAUCUAUCGAUCACAGAGUUACAAGUCAGGUAUCUAUUCAGUGGAGCUGGUCAACGACAGCCUAUAUGACUGGCAUGUGAAGUUGAAAACGGUGGACCCUGACAGCCCCCUCCACAGUGACCUACAAGUUCUGAAGGAGAAGGAAGGGGUGGACUACAUCCUUCUCAACUUUUCAUACAAGGAUAACUUUCCAUUUGACCCACCGUUUGUGCGGGUAGUGUCUCCUGUUCUCUCUGGAGGGUACGUGCUUGGUGGAGGUGCCUUGUGUAUGGAACUUCUCACUAAACAGGGCUGGAGCAGUGCCUAUUCCAUUGAGUCAGUCAUCAUGCAGAUCAACGCCACGCUGGUGAAGGGGAAAGCUCGCAUCCAGUUUGGAGCCAACAAGAAUCAGUACAACCUGGCCAGAGCUCAGCAGUCAUACAAGUCCCUAGUCCAGAUCCACGAGAAGAACGGCUGGUACACGCCUCCGAAAGAAGAUGGCUAGCUGGCCCCAGAGGCGCUGUGCCUUUGUGCACUGUGGGAGCAUAAUGUCUUCAGGUCAAACCUUCAGCUUCUUUCCUUUCAUUUUCCCCCACCUAAAUCCUUUUUUCGCAUAACGUUUCCCUGCACCCUGCCGACUCAUCACUGGGAGUGAGGGACCCCCCCCCGCCCCCCCUACCUACUUGUCUCUGCUGUGUGUAGAGUCCGGCAGCUGCUGAUGCUGCGACCCUCACACCCCACACCCCCGCCCCGCCCUGCUGGUGCACCACAGACUGAACUUAUGGACUUAUGGUGCCCACCUUCUCUCCUCUCUUCCUCUCUCCUUCUCUUCACCAGUUCCUGGACGGACAGACACAGCUCUGGAGACUUCAUUGCAUGCCCUCUGCGAACGCGUGUGAUCUCCUGAGCGUCUGUGAAUGUACAGUGUGUGUGAUGAUCUCCAAUCAUUGUGGCACAUGUGGGGCAAUAUGGCCACACUCUGCCACACCCGUUGGUUGUGGAGAGUUCAAUGGUCAAAUCAACUGGAUGGCAGGGGGAGGAAACCGCCCAGGAUAUUUUGCGGACGAGCUGCAGCACCCCUCUUCCUCCUGGGGCCUCUCUAUCCUGUGUGGCAUGCCCUGCCCUGCCUGCUACUCCUGGGUUGGGGACAGGACUAUGGUGUGCGUUGUAGUAGUGCAUCUUAUUCUCUCUAUUGUCUUAAUAAGCAUAAUGUGGACUCCAGACACCGUGAAGUGAAGAGGGGAUAGGGAAAGAAAGAACACAAUGGCCAUCCACUAAUUAAUAACUGACAGAUCAUAUACAGUAUAUUUGCUCUAGCCUUCUUAGCAUGUAGCGCCUUGCAGGUACACGCGCACACACAGUCUUCAGCUGUCCUUGCUGGUAGACACAGAUAUCCCUGAAAUGGAAGAGCACAGUGUUGCAUUUUAGCUCACCAAUAGCUCAAAGCUGACCCCUCUCGCUCGGGCAGUGCAUCAGUGACGCGUGAUGCUGAUCGUUACUUUGAUGGUAAUAACCAGGGUGAAGUGUGAGUGUGUUUUAAUCUAAGAUGUGUAUGUGUGAGUAUGGAAUAUGAAAAUGGGGGGGGGGGGGGGCAACAGUAAGGUGACCCAGUCCAAGGAACCUGAUGGAGUGGACAGCUCCUCAUCGCUUGCUCUGUGUGAAAAUAGAUAAGUGAAGCAAAGCGAACAAGUGACUCUCUUAUUUGACACCACAGGAUUGGAUCUCCCCAGUCUGGACCCCAGAAAUCUCCCCUUGCCAUGCCACACAGGACCCCUCACCCAUCGGUGUCCACCUACGGCAGUCGCCUCUCCCAUCUUUUGCUCUUGCUCUUUAUUUAGGGUUUGGAGGGUUUGCUGCAGCCCGAAGUUCAUGGUCCCAGCAAGCCAAGUCUUUGUCACACACCACACCCUCUCCAUUUCCCCUUUUUAACAAGCAUAGCAGGCGGCUGCUCUUAUCUACUGCUGCCUAGCCGAAGUGACUAUAUUACCGCACUGGGAUAUUCAAGUUCAAUUCAGUGCUGAGCUGUUUAAAGACUACAAACGGACAACAGUCUGCCCUAUUGUUGGGUUGUUGUUGAUCAGUUCCUCUGAACAGUCCGAGCCCGUACAUGCAGCGCCAUUGCUGGAAUGCAGCUGGACAUGGACAAUCUUGUCAUUCACUGCUGUUUGGAGUCGGGACAAAAAUCAAACAAAGACGGACAAAUAAAGCUGUGUUGAGAGGGGUUGGUCACCCCUCCAGUCUAUUCUUGUGUGGAAACUCAGGAACAAGUGUAGCCUUUUAAAGACAGGAGUGAGAGUCACCUAUGAAGACGAGAGCCAUGGAGAUUGAAGCUAGCUCCUUUUCAGCAGGUGUCUGAUGUAGCCCUUUGAAGCAGUGCGGCAAUGAGACGCGAGAGGGCAACGAUGCAUAGCACUGCAGUGUACGUGAACACACACACACACACACACACACACACACACACAAACUGCAGAUGUAAAUGUGGGCAUGGUUUAUGGUAAGUUCUGUUUUAUGCUUAACUUUGUUAUUUGUUUUUUCCCAUAUCUGCUCAGUAUCUGGACAGUAGUUCCAGGAGCAGACUGCAGAGAGCGUGGUAUGUUCUUUUGACUCUGGGUGGAGUUGAUUGAUGCUUGCACAGUAUAUUCAACAUGUGCCUCCUCGGUUGGAAGACGAUAUCAAACAGAAAGAGUGAAUUAAAUCGGGUUGUAUAGUACAGAGUCGGGAGCAUGAUGUCCUCAACAGUGAUGGCAAACCUGGAUUCAGAAGCUACAAUCCAGUGCCACAUAUUCCAAAUUACCUGCAUUUCCCUGUCCAAAUAGUUCAGUUUGACAAGUAAAAGCUGGCCACUUGGAGUAUGUGGCACUUGAUUGUAGCCUCUGAAUACAGGCUAGCCCAUCUCUGGUCCUCAAUAGCCGGGCAGUGAAAGAAGUUCAAUAAUUUUCAGUUGACAUAGGCAGCACAACAGUAUAGUAGUUCAUCCUCAUGUGGACAUGCGUUACAGCCCUUGGCCUGCUAGUCUGACUUUGACCCGGUUCAGAAAGUAAAAACCCUGCCAUAGUUCCCUUCCCAUUCCGAUGAUUUCACUGACUAAAUAGUCAAGCUGUCUUGAGUAGGCUACUCAUCAGUGCGUUCAGGCCAACUGAAACGUGCCGGUGCCCGUUCAACCUUAUCUGGCAGCGACCUGCGUGUUCUCGCCGCAAGUCUCAGCGUUCAAGAACCAGAAAGUUGGUUCGUUAUGCGAACCAAAAAAAUACUUCUUUUUCUAUCUGGGAACCAUGAAGACAACGUGGCGCCGGCAGGCCAGGGGCAUCUGCUUAACACACAGUCACGUGUGGAGAAGUUAUGAGCCCAGGUGGUUUGCAGGUAAGCACUUAGGUGCCGAACAUAACUGGUACUGUUCUGGUUGGCCGGAACACAGUAAUUGUAAACAGCUGAUGCAAAGCUGGUCGGGUCAAAUUUGUGCAGGGUCUUUACUUUCAGAACCUGGGAUUGACACCUCUCUAUCUGUCCCACAUAGUAGUCUGUAGUCUGUACCCACAUCAAGAGAUGGAGACGCAUUAUGCCUAAUGUAUAAUGUGUUUGUCUGCAUAAUCCAUGGAGCUGAAGACAUUGCACUGCUCCCUCAAUUAUGUUUAUAAAGGCCCGUACCUGACACUCCCCAGAUGAAUGAAUGGGUUCUGCCUUGCUCCACAAACCUUCAUCUGGAACCAUGCCAUACACUGAGGUCUGCAAGGGUGUGGUUUUAUUAAAAUAUCCUUGCACAUGAUUGGAGAAACACCUUGUCUGGCAUUUUUAACGAGGUGCUACUUUUAAAUAACAGAUUCAAAACUACAGUUGAAAUUAUAGAAUCAAUGAUGAUGAGAGAAUCCUGCGAGCAACCAUGCCAUUGUUGUCGUCUGUCGUGUGUCACAUCUUUUCCCCUGCUCCACUACUUAAACUUUGAGCACAUCUCAUCUCUGAAAAUCCUGCAUUCCUGAUUGGUUCGGCUGCAUAGCAGCUCAGGAGCUGGGCAAAUCUGAGCAUCCUGCAGACCCUCCAUCGAUUUAAAUCGAUUCGCAGAUUAAUUUCCGAUAAUUGAUUUGUCCGUCCAAAGACCGAUUUAAAAAAAUAAUAAUUAUUAUUUAUUGUUAUUAUUAUUAAAUUCCCCCACGGUUAACCUUUUCAUCAAUCUUCCAGCCAUCAGUAACUACCAAAUACUUGUAAGAUUGGCUGUCCACAUUAGGCCUAAUAUCGAUAUUACCGGUAUACAAGAUUUAAUAUGUUGCUUCUCUAGUCAUGAAAUCAAGGAAACGUCUCAAAUAGCCUGCAUUUUUAAUAACAUUAGCUCCUGGAUUGGAUGGAAUCGGAAAUCAGAUCGAAGCGGAUUGAAUUGGAGCAAAUCGGGGGGAGUCGACUUGAAAAUCGGAAUUGGAUUCUUGAAAUAUGAAUCGAUACCCAGCUCUAGUCUGGUGAGAGCCAUGUUAUACAUGCCCUGCAUUUCCACGAUUUAAGAUCUCCAAUACAAUUUGUCCAUUAUGUAGACUUUGUAUCAGAACUGUAUCAGAACAUCAACAUUUGCCAAAACCAUUUACCGGUAUGUCUGUUGAACAUUAUCAGUGGGCCAAACUAAUCAGACACUUCAAUAAUGAGAAUUACCACAUUUGUCUGUGCUGCUAGAAAUGACAAAAAAAACAACAAUUCUUCCACACUGAUUCUAAAUUCCAUGUGCCAUUGCUGUCAUCAGAGAUUUUUUUUCUGGAAAACAAAGUUCAGUAAUCAUUCGCCACCCGUCUCUCUCUCCAUCUAUCGUUCUCUCCCUGUCUCUCCGAGUGCAAGUCAAACUGCUUCCUUGUGGCCUUGUGAUGCGAGGCUCAACGUCAUAGAUGAUUAGAAUUUUAUUGAGUAAGGUGCAAAACAAAGUCAAAGGUCAUUCUCUCAUUUGCAAAAGAGAUGUUAAAUCGGGGAAAGCCCCUCAUAAGUCUGUACUCUGAUUGACUGUGGAGACUUGGGCAACACUGAGAAGGGAAGAAAAGGACAGGAGAAAGUAUCUUGACUGGCUCACGCUCCUUCAUCUGAUGCUCUACUGUUGUGGAGGAGCCUCUGCAGCUCUGGUGUCAUCUAGUGGUUGAAAUGCAAUUCAGCUUCAUGCUUUGGCCAUGUUCUGGGUUUGGUUUGGCUUUGUUUCCCCCAUUGCAAGUGACAUUUUGAUCAUGUACAGAAUUUGUAAACUUGUAUCAAGUUUAUGAAUAAAGAAUUUUAUGAUGAC